CUCAAUCCACCUCCAUCUCGCGCUCGAUUACCCCCUCGUCCAUCCCCCAGGCAGAUCCUCUUACUUGUAGUGAUCCCUGCUCGAACCCAUCAUUGCCAUCCCCAACUCCUGCCAACCGAACUCCACUCACUCACGAUGGCCACCUCCCCCAACUUCCAUGUCAUCGAAUCGCCAACGCAGUUCCAGGACAUCAUGUCCGCGGACCUGAAUCGCGUCUCCCUGAUUAACUUCUGGGCGCCCUGGGCCGAGCCAUGCAAGCAGAUGAACGAGGUCGUGCGCGAGCUCGCGAAGAAGUACCCGCAGACGCAGUUUUUGGAGGUGGAGGCAGAACAGCCGGCGGAUAUUGCAGAGUCCUUUGAUGUGGAGGCGGUCCCGACGUUUGUUAUCCUGAGGGGACACACUCUAUUGGACCGCAUCAGUGGUGCAGACGCACCCAAGCUCGCCGCGUCGGUCGCAAAGCAUACCUCAGGACCGUCCGUCGCACCCCAGUCGCAGACAUCACAGGCGCCAGCAAAGGCUUCCAAUGAUGUACCCAUGGACGAGUCGCCGGAGGCGCUGAAGGAGAGGAUGCGUGCAUUGAUGAACCAGGCCAAGGUCGUCCUCUUCAUGAAGGGCUCGCCCGACGCACCACGCUGCGGCUUCUCGCGCAAGAUCGUCAACCUGCUCAACGAGCAGGGCGUCCAGUUCGCGUCAUUCGACAUCCUGCAGGACGAGGCUGUCCGACAGGGUCUUAAAGAGCUCAACGACUGGCCCACAUUCCCGCAGCUCAUCGUGAACGGCGAGUUCGUCGGCGGCCUCGACAUCGUGAAGGAGAUGGUGGACAACGGCGAGUUCAAGGAGAUUGUGGCGCAGUAAUCGAAUCAUGUAUCUUCCUUGCUUUUGUAUAUUAGACUGUGUAUUCGUGGGCCGGAAACUUAGUAGAGCGAGUUUUUUGAAGGACGAUAUGCACGUACACUCGAC